AUGCCUUCAGAAUCAGGCCACAGAUUAUACGUCAAGGGCAAGCACGUCAGCUACCAGCGCGGAAAGCGCAACACGAAUCCCAACACCAGCUUGAUCAAGCUCGAGGGUGUUGACGAUACCAAGGCUGCGACUUUCUACCUGGGCAAGAAGAUCGCCUAUGUCUACCGCGCGAAGAAGGAGAUCCGAGGAUCCAAGAUCCGAGUGAUAUGGGGAAAGGUCACCAGGCCGCAUGGCAACCGAGGUGUUGUCCGAGCACAGUUCAGGCGCAACCUGCCCGCACGAUCUUUCGGAGCGAGCGUGCGAGUGAUGCUGUACCCUUCAUCGAUAUAA